AUGGCCACUGCUUCCUUCAAGUGGGGCACGGAUGUUUAUUCUGCGGAAGUAGCUGAAGAUGUUCUGCAUUGUACCUCGCAUGCCGGAGCGCAAGGAAACAUUAACUUAUCCAAUAUCGUCGGAGUUUUGCCCACAAACUCCCCUUCGACCCACUCAGUGUUGUUUCUUAUAAAACCAGAGGAUGAAAGUGAGGAGGCAGCCGGAUAUUUGCAUAAAAUAGAUAUCUCGUCUUUGCCCCCCGCCUUGACUCAGUUUCUGGUGACAGUGCCAGACUACUUGAAGCAUCCAGAGCCAGUGCAGGUCAUCGUCUCAGUCGCCUCGGGUACCCAGACUGCCCAGGCAGUAUUUCAAGAUCUGGUGAAGCCUUUUCUCACCCAUGUGGGCCUCGAGUAUGAAGUCCAUGAGACAAAGUCCGCACAAACGAUCAAGGAGCUAGCUCAAUCUCAGUUUCUGGAUCGUGCUUGCUCCGGUAUUCCACAGACAAUCAUUCUACUCUCUGGUGAUGGAGGUCUUGUUGAUCUGGUAGAAGUUUUCUAUGAAUCCAACCGAUCUGUCCAUACCCCACCACAGAUUGCUCUGGUGCCGUGUGGAACAGGCAAUGCGCUGGCGAGCUCCAUUGGUCUGAGGACAGGUCCAGCUUCGGGUCUUGUUGCAUUGAUCAGAGGAGCCCCGACUCCACUCCCGACUUUUGCGGCAAGAAUAUCGCCAGGUAGUCAGUUGGUUAUUGACGAAGGGCGCCAGAGGGUGCCUUUGGGUGUUGACGCCCAUGGGUCAUAUCGAACUCUCUAUUGUGCUGUGGUAGUAAGCUGGGCACUCCAUGCCGCAUUAGUUGCAGAUAGCGAUACUACGGAGUAUCGCAAGUUUGGCCGCGAGCGAUUCAAGAUGGCAGCUAAUAAGCUGUUGUAUCCCUCCGACGGUACGGAGCCUCAUCGAUUUCAAGGCAAGAUCACAUAUUCGACCGUAAAUGGCCAGACCGGAGAGGUUUCUCAAGAGACCACCGAUACCAACGAACACAUGUAUGUGGUCAUAAGCAUGGUGCCUCGGUUGGAGAAGAACUUUCUCAUUUCACCCGGCACAGAGCCACUGGGAGGACAAAUGCACCUCAUGCAAUGGGGUCCAAUGCCUGCGGAUGAGGCAGUACGCUUAGUCGUUCUAGCUUAUCAGGGAGGACUCCAUGUUUCAGAGAAGACAGUCACCUAUGCUGAUGUGGAGCAGCUUCGAAUUGAGUUUGAGGAAGAGUCAGAGCACUGGAGACGUGUCUGUAUCGAUGGAAAUAUCAUCACUGUGGAGAAAGGAGGCUGGCUUGAGUUGCACAAGGAACCUCGACAACUUCUUCAAGUAAUCAAGCCUUGCUGA